UUGGCUUCGUGGAACCAGGGCUGGCGCCGGGCUUUGGAGGCUGGUAGGAUUCGGGGACGGGGCGGAGUGGUGUGUUGAAUGGAUAAGGUGUGUGGGGAAGGCCAAGGGAUUUGGCUCUGGGGCCCAAAGCGUCCUCCCUUGUCCCUGCAUCAUCCGUGUGGCAGGAUAUCCUUGGGGGGCGGUCCCUACCAUUGGGGUCCUUCUCUGAGCUUUGGGCAAAGGCUUCAUGUUCCUUGAGGGGACAGUUUAGCGAUUUCAGGUUCUGGGGUUCAAUGGGAGGACACCUGGCUGAGACGGGCACACACCCCCCAGACACACUCAAAUACACACACUUGCACAUAUUCAUACUAUCAGCCAUUCCGCUUCCACCUUUGACCCUGCUCCCCCGCCCCACUUUUGCCAAUUCGAGGUGCUCCCCUGCUAUUUCAGAAACACCACCAGAGGUGCCCCAAAGUGGGCCUAUAGGAGCCAGGAGUUCAGGAGACAAGUCCACACACGUGAUAUACACACACAUCACACAGAAGCACGUUUAUGCACUCCUGCCACCCACAGCUUACACACAUGUUCAUAUACCCGUGUGCACCUGCCAGGAAGCAACACACAGCUGCCUGCCUGCCUCUCGUGUACUUCCACACUCUUGUACAUGCCAUAUGUAUCACCUGCACACAGGCGUGCUCAUGCACGUGUGUGUUUUACACGGAGGUGCCUCUUACACCAGCCUCACGUUCUGGCCUUGCACACAGUGUCUCCUGCACACCCGUGCAGCUGUGUGUGCCCACACCCUGCCCGGAUCUGUUUGCAGCCUGCCUGGACCUCCCACCUUCACCCGGCAGGACUUCUUGAGUAUUUACCAUAUACCAGGGCCCAUGCUCCAUGCUGGGGACAGAGGUGGGGAAAACUCAUACCGUUCCUGCCCUGGUCGGGGAGACAUUAGACAAACACAAAUGAUGAUAUGAUUACAGACUCUGGUAACUGCUGGAAAGGAACCACUUUCCUAUGAUGAGGAAAGUGGUACUUUUAGAUUUACUGUAACCAGUGACGAUAAUCGUGUGUGGGGGGGAGAGGGGCUUCUGGGAGGAAGUGAUAGCUGAACUGGCUUGAAGUUUCCCAGGUGAGGGCAUUCCAGGCAGAGGGAACAGCUGGAGCAAAGGCCCCGAGGUGGGAAACCAAGGAACAUGGAGAAGGUGGUAGGCCUGCGACCUGGGGGAGGUGGGCCUGGCCUGCCAGAGCCUGUAGUAGGUCUUCCCUGGCCUCGACCCUGACCCACAUGUCCACCUCAGGCCCUCUCCAUCCCUCUCUCUGACCAGCCCAACCUUCCCUUUGCUGCCUUGUCCUGCUCAGGGCCCACUCUACCUGCUGGCCUCCACCCCGGGCCUGAGCCCUGUCUGCCCUGCCCCACAGGCUGCCCACCCCAGGGGUCCUGAGAUACAGCAUGAGGACAGGCUCUGACCACCUGCUGGGGGUUCCCGGCCUGGGACCCCUAGGACCUGUCUAGAAAGCUCCUGGGAGCCAGGCCACAGCUGGGGUUCAGCAGCUGGCUCCCUUGCUUUGCGUAAUCCCAGACUUGGCUCUCCAGGGGUCUGCCAAGCAGCCCCUGUGGGGUCUGAAGGCCUCCCCGAGCUGCUGCAUCCACUGCCCCCCAGCCCAGGUGAUGUCUCUGGUUGGUCACAUUUCCACGUGGGUCUUUGAAAUGUUGGGAAAGUCUCCCGAGUGCCUCGGAGAACCUAAUGACAAAACAGCAACGACCAACACUGAAUCCUUACUGUGUACCAGGCACUGUUCUAAAGACUUGUUAUGUAUUCACUUAUCAAAUCCUUACAAAGACCCUGAGGCCAUACCUUUAUCAUCCCAGUUUGGUAAUAGUCUCUGGGGCUUUGACCCAGGUUGUCUUGUUCCAGAAUCUUUACUUUUAACCCGUCGGUGGCCACAUCGCCCCUCAGAGGGUCCAAGAAUCCAGGCUGUGAUUUAGUUGAAUCUCUUUGUUUUAUAGAGGAAGGAACAAAGGCCCAGAGAGGAAAUGGACUUGUGAAAGGUCACACAGCGAGCAGAUGGCAGAGGCGUCCAACUCCUUCUGCCCUCACCAGCCGCACGACCUUGGGCAGGUUACAUCUUCUCUGAGCCUCAUUCCUGACCCCAAGCAAGGGAGAGAUUGCCCUGGAAGCCAGCAGGGUGGGACCUUUGGGGGAUGCGAGGACCGCAGUCGAGAAGGGACACGGGUGGGGGCUUUUGGGCCCCCUGGAUGUGUGCUUGGUAAUAAGUCAUUGAGCCGCUCAUUUUUGUUCCAGGCAUCUUUCUGAAUGUGUGUUGUAUUUCGAACUGUUCACAGCAUCCACCUCACAGGGUCGUCGUUAGGAGCCUGAGUGAGAAGUACUUGUAAGGCCCCUAAUAGUGCCUGAUGUGGAAGAAGUGCUCAGUGAUCUAUUAUCAUUGUCAUUUCACCCUGGCAGGAGUUCCCUGUGGGGAUGGGAGCUGGGGGACCCAAGGGGAGAUGGAAGCAGAGAAAGGCAUGUGUUCAAAGCCUGCAGAAUGUCCUCUCAGCCCUGAGAAGGUGGUCAUGGCCUGUUCCCUGGUGAGGGCACUGGGGCUCCCAGAGAGGGUCACCUCCCUGGGUGUCUCUGAGUGGCUGGUGGUAGGAGAGGGGAGGGACAAGGAGGGGAAGGGACAGCAUCCCAGCUCCCACUGACCACGGUGCACACAGCCGCCCCCUCCCGCUCUGAUCAGCCCCGUCAUCACGAUGAAAAUGGCCCUUCGCAGCCCUGCAGGGCUGUGGCAAGCCAGCCUAAUUGGAUCCAGGACCCUCAGGAGCCUAGUUCCUCACAGGAAGUUCCCAGGAACAAGUUUCCAAGGCUGGCCUGGGUCCUGGGGGUGGGGUGGGGUGGGGGGCAGCAGCUGGGACUCAGGGCUCUGGCUGUGUGGAGUUGGGGCCACAUGGAGGGCAGAGGGGUCAUGGGAGGAAAACUGAGCACAUGGGGUCUCAAAGCGCUGGGAAGGUGGGAAACCUCAGCUUCCCUCUCCUAGACCAUCUCCUGCUUGUCCCUUCCAGGCCAUCCUUCUGGGCCCCUGAUGACCUGUCUGUUGAAAACCUUGACCAUGGCCUUUCCUGGCUCAGGGACCCCUGAACGUGGCCCCGCGUGGCCUUUCAUCAAGUGCCUUCUGGAACGCUGGCCCCUUAUGAACUGCCCCGGCAACUUUUCCCUCCUUCCCCUGUGAAUUCCUGCACUGGGCCCACACCAGACCAAACACGAGUCCACAUGCUUUCCUGCCUCGGGGCCUUUGCACGUGCAUUUUUUCCCACCCGGCCUGCCCUUCCCUGGCAUCUCUCUCUUGACAUCUCCCCUUCCUGCCAUCAGUAAGUCCCACCUUCAUGCAGUCUGUGUUCAUCCCUCAAUGGGAUGAGCUCGUCUUCCCAGGAGCGCCCCCGCCUCUAGCUCAGCCACACCCCAGCAGUACCUUGUUGCCCCUCCCUGGGGCAGGGGCCAUUUUUGAGAAAGCUUUUCUGUCCUAGGAAGCUAGCAGCUUUCCAUGUCUUUGCACACAUGCCCCUCUGCUCUCUCUCUACCCUCUUGCUCUCCUGGCAGACUUCCCCAUCUUCAAGACCCGCAUGGACAGACCCCCUCCUCCCAUGGGUUCCCUCAGUGAACUUUAUCAAGCAGCUAGGGUGCUAGGCUCUGGGGCUGCAGCAGUGGCCCUGUCCUUGAGGGUCAUGGCUGGAGGCAGUGUUUAGAGGCAUGAUACAGAGGUGGGGUAGGGGGAAUGCAGGGGGCCACAGGGUCAGAGCUGAGACCUGAAGGAAGAGCUGGGUGAGCUGUGCCACUGAGUCUGGAUAUAGGGUUGUAACCAAGCCCUGACCUCACUGACACCUGGGGGAUUGGACAGAUAAGUUAUCAGGCUAUUCUAGGGUAGGGGGGAUGCGUGCUUAGGUUAAGGGGAGCCCAGGAGGCUGUGGGAGCUCAGGGGAGAGGCUGCAAACGUAGCCAAGGAUGGGGCUGGCGAUCAGGAAGGUUUCCUCUAGGCAGUGACAGCUCAGCUGACUUCUGAUGGCCGUUGGGCAUCUGACAAGGUUCCAACUGGAUGAUGGUCCCCCACGUGGAAGGGCAUAGCCUGUGCAAAGAAAGGCAAGGUGGCAUGAGAGCAACUUGUUUUGGGAACCUGCAGGUCGUUUAGUGAGGCUGGAGGGAGAGAUGCUUGUGGCCAGCAAGGCCUCCUUAGCAAAGGCCCUGGGCCACCCUGGGGAGUUUGAACUACACCCCAAAAGUUAUGGCAACCCAAUAGGGAUUUUAAGCAGGAGAGUGAGUGAGUGGGCAGGCUUUCCUUUGUUUGGCUUUGGCUCCCCAAGUCCCCAGAUAGGCAGGGGAGUCCCCCUCUGACUGCACUCCUGGCUGGGGUCUGGGGUAGGGCUCGAGGCUCACUGUGGGACUUUGAGCAAGCCCCUGACUCUCUCUGAGCCCCUGUCUCCUCCUGGGUAAACCUGCAGGGCCUGAGGCCAGGAUCCUAGUGGGGCCGUAGGCAGAGGCUGGGGUGUCUUUCUUGGCCAAAGCUGGCCGAACCUUUAGUUUUAUUAAAAAUAUUCCUUAAAAAGUCAUGUAGCCACGCUUCAGAAAAGUCGGAGAAUAGGGAAAUGAAAUAAACCAAAACCCACCCCCAUUUCUGUCCCCACCCCGAGCCCGAAACACACCACUGCUAGCAUUUUGGUGUUUCCUUCCUGUCUUUUCCCUCAGCACCCGGUUUUUAGAUAGAUGUCAUUGCUCUAUCUAUACAAAUAAUUUUAAACUCUUCCCUUCCCCCCCAACUAAUGUUGUAUCAUGAGUGUUUCCUAAAUGACUGCAGGGUGGUUUUAAUCCCUCUUUUUAAUGGAUGUGGUGUCAGGGUGGAAAACAUGGGCUCCGGAGCCCGACUUUCUGAGUUCAAAUCAUAUACACACUGCUUGACUUUGGGCAAGUUACCUAAUUUCUCUGUGCCUCAGUUCCGUGUAAGGUUGAUAUGAAUGUUAAAUGAGUCAUUGCAAUGCCAGUAAACAUUGGCUAUUAUCAACGACUGUAGACUAUCACUGUGUAACAUGAUUUACAGAGCCAUCCCCCUGUUGUUUAAAAUUUUGGCUGUUCCAGGUUUUUGCUACUGUAAAAAAACCACUGAAGCAAACAGCUUUGUGCAUAAAACUUUGUCUAUAUUUGGGGUAUUUCCUAGGGACAGAUGACCAAGAAUAGGAUCGCUAGGCCAGGAAGUCUGAAAAUUUUUACAGAGCUCAUGCAACGUUAUUGCCAGAUUGUUUUCGGAAAUGUUUGUUCCAGUUUACACUCCCAGAAAUAAUGCAUGGGAGUGCCAUUUCACCAUACCCUCACCAGCAUUGAGUAUUAUCAUUUUCUUAUUGGGAAGAAAAUGGGAAGCAGAACCAUUUUCUGUGUUUAUUAGCUGUUAACAACUUUUUUGGUCUGCUAGUCUCUACAGCACACAGCCUCUUCUCAGAUCAAUUAAGAAGAUAGGGCUUAGAUCCAGAAAAUAGGGAAGAAUAUAACACAGGGGACAACAUAGUGCCAGAGUGGCGGGAAGGGACUCAGAGGAGGGGGAGGGGACUUUCCUCUAUCUAGGCCAUGACACUUUCAGUUCCUUCUACCUAGACUAUUCAUUUAUUCAAACAUUUAUCAGGUACUUUUUGGCUUAAAGGUAAAUGACUCAGCCUUGAUUGUGCCCUGACAGACAGCAUGGACGAGAAAACAGGCAGAAAAUGGACUGCCAAGGGUCUGAUGAUGAACAUGCAGGGCACAAAGGGAGCAGAGAGGAGAGGUACCCAACAUAGCAUAGCAGUCCUGGAAGGCUUCCAGGAGGAAGUGGCCUGUAAACUGGGGCCUGAGGAAUAAGUUGUAGUUAACCAGUGAAAUGGGGAGGGCAGAGGGUUCCAGGGAGAGGUGAGGAAGUGAGAAGGGAAGUGGAGCAGUGGGGGAGCGCUCGGUCUGGCUGGGCAGAGUGGAAGGCAGAAAUAAACACUGAGGACAAAGAGGUCGGCAAGGGCCAGGCAUGGAAGGCCUAAGGAAUCCAGACCUUGUCUGGAGGGAGGGAGGGAGCCAUCAAAGGUUUUCAGUAGGGGAAUGUUGUGAUCUGAUUUGUAUUUUAGAAAUAUCACAGUGACUGCAGUAGGAGGGUCGUGUGGGUAGAGGUGAGGGACCCUGGGAGGAGGCUCUUGGAAUAGCUGAGGCCAGAGCAGAAAGGGGCCCGGACCAGGGCAGGGAAGGUGUGGAGAUAAUCCCUGUGGAACCCUGACCGGCUUCAAAGUGCCAAUGGAAUUUCACCUCAGCCAGACAGCCCUUGCGGACAUCUGCCAUGACCCACCAGGUCAUGUGUGCCUGGAGGAUGGGUGGCAUGCGACGGUCAGUUGAGUGCCCACCAUCCCUGACCCUGAUCCCCCCUGCUCCUCCCUGCCUCCAGACCCUCCAUCUGUUACCCCCGCCCCCCUGGCUACCAACGACUUUCUCUUUUUUUAAGAAUAAAUUUAUUGUUUUCAUUAUAAAAGCAACAACAACAUUGCAGAGUAGCUGGAAAUUAGAGAAACGAAGACAAAAAACCAGAUCAGCCCCCGCUGCCUCCCCUAGCGCUCCCAGCCUCCCUCUGGGCGUGGUUCCCUGCAGCUUUUUCUGACGCAGGUUUUUAUUUUUGCCUCCUUGUAAUCAUAGUAUCCGGACAGUUUUGGGUCCUGCUCUCUCCCAUUUGCUUUGUUGGGAGCUAGUUCCCCUGUGGCCAUGGGGUCUGGGCAUAUCUCAUUUUUUAAUGUCUCUGGGCUGGCCUGGGGAUGGGGUAGGUGGGACAAAAGUUGCUGUCCUGCAGCGGGCAAGGUUAAUCACAUUCCCCCUUGGGCUGUCCAUUUUCUUUUGUGUCUGUUUUUCUAGGCCUGAACCUCCCCAGGUGGCAGGGCCUGGCACCUGGUGUGCCCCUUCCUCAGUGCCCCUGCCCCUUCUGCCCCUUGGUGGAGCUUGCUAGCUUGGCCUCAGAGGCCACCGUCCUGGGAAAGGGUGAUGGAUAGACCUGGUUUCCAAUCCAGACUCAGUUCUGUGACCUCAGGCAAGUUACUUAACCUCUCUGGACCUCAGUUUCCUCAUAUGUAUAAUGGGUCUAUUGCAACAAUAAAAUAAUGGCUGUAAAAUGCCCUGCUACCACCAUUCCUGGCCUAUUUUAGGUGUUCGGGAAAAGGUAGUCGGUAUUAUUGUGCUUUUUCAUUCUACAAAGAGUUUCUGAAACCCCCUCGGACUAGAUGCUGGAAUGGCAGAGGUGAAUGAGCACCACUUCUACCUGUGAAGACCUCACAGUCUGGUGGGCAAGUCACCCAGGGAAACAUGACCGCACCAGGGUGUGAUCAGCCCUGUAGUGCUUCACCAGAUCUGGGUGGCAUCCUAACUCCAUCACUUGCUAGCUGUGUGACUUUGGGCAAGUUGGUCAGCCUCUCUGAGCUGCAGUUUCCUCUUCUGUUAAAUGUACGUCUCACAGGGCCAUUGGGAAAAUUCAGUGACAUGAUGCGUGUAACAUACUCAGCAUAGCGCCUGGCAAGUAGUAGGUGCUGAAACCAGUGGUAGCUGCCAUUUAUUAUUGUUAUUGUUAUUGUUAUUCCCAUAUACAAGGUGCUGUUGGGAACACAGAGGAAGUGACUGACUGGGGGUUCAGGGAAAGCUCCGUAGAAGAGGGAACACUUGAGCUGGGUCUUGAAGGAUGAGUAGAAGUUCACCAAGUGGGAAAGGACACUCUAGAGCAAGAAAAACAAAAUGACACCUUGCUCGCCCUACUGCAAGGAUCAGGGCUGUGAGUCUCGAGGCUCAAAGCACAGUCUUGGCUUCUGUCUGGGGCAUGAAGCCCAGUCUGCAUGGCCUCCCCAGCCUCCAGGGGAUGGGGAUGGCCGAGCCUCGAUUUAACAACCCCUACUUCUGGCCCCCUCCUCCAACCAUGCCCAGCCAGCUGGACAACCUGGUCCUGAUUAACAAGAUCAAGGAGCAGCUGAUGGCGGAGAAGAUCCGGCCGCCUCACCUGCCGCCCACGUCGGCCUCGUCGCAGCAGCCGCUCCUCGUGCCGCCGGCGCCGGCCGACAGCAGCCAGGCCGUCAUGUCGCUGCCCAAGCUGCAGCAGGUGCCGGGGCUGCACCCGCAGGCCGUGCCGCAGCCUGACGUGGCGCUGCACGCGCGGCCGGCCACCAGCACGGUCACAGGUCUGGGGCUCUCCUCCCGGACCCCGGCUGUGAGCACAUCUGAGUCGAGUGCGGGCACGGGUACCAGCACCCCAUCCACACCCACCACCACCAGCCAGAGCCGCCUCAUCGCCUCGUCCCCCACCCUCAUCUCAGGGAUCACCAGCCCCCCCCUCCUGGACUCCAUCAAGACAAUCCAGGGCCACGGCCUGCUUGGCCCCCCCAAGUCCGAGCGCGGCCGAAAAAAGAUCAAAGCGGAGAAUCCAGGGGGGCCGCCUGUCCUCGUAGUCCCCUACCCCAUCCUGGCCUCGGGCGAGACUGCCAAGGAGGGCAAGACGUACAGGUGUAAGGUAUGCCCGCUGACCUUUUUCACCAAGUCUGAGAUGCAGAUCCACUCCAAGUCGCACACAGAGGCCAAGCCCCACAAGUGCCCGCACUGCUCCAAAUCCUUUGCCAACGCCUCCUACCUGGCCCAGCACCUGCGCAUCCACCUGGGCGUCAAGCCCUACCACUGCUCCUACUGUGAUAAGUCCUUCCGACAGCUCUCCCACCUCCAACAGCAUACCAGAAUCCACACAGGCGACAGACCCUACAAGUGCCCACAUCCUGGCUGCGAAAAGGCUUUCACUCAGCUCUCCAACCUCCAGUCUCACCAGCGCCAGCACAACAAGGACAAGCCCUACAAGUGUCCCAACUGCUACCGGGCCUACUCGGACUCCGCCUCCCUGCAGAUCCACCUCUCGGCCCAUGCCAUCAAGCAUGCCAAGGCCUACUGCUGCAGCAUGUGCGGGCGGGCCUACACCUCGACGAGGAAACUAAGGCCGAGAGAAGGGCAGUGACUUCCCAAGAUCACAGAGACCUACCUGAUGAAGCACAUGUCCAAACACACGGUGGUGGAGCACCUGGUGAGCCAUCACUCGCCCCAGAGGACGGAGUCCCCCGGCAUCCCGGUGCGAAUUUCCCUCAUCUGAGCCGACGCAAGGCGCCGCCCCGCCCUGCCCACUGGCAGACACAGACCCAGGCAGCACCAGGCCCCGACUCCCUCCAGGGGCCCUCCAGGAACAGCCGAGCUCUCUCACGACCUUCCUGACCUUCCAGAAAGCCUGGGCCGCAGAAGCCCUGCCCGGUCCAGCUCCGGGGGCGGCCAGGCCAACUGCAAGAUUCUGGACUGUUCUGGUGGCAUCCAAAGACGAUCUCAGAGCACUUUGAACCUCUCUGCUGGGUUUUCCUUUUGUUCCCCACCCUUCACUUGCUUCACUGUUCUUUUUUUUUUUUUUUUUAAGUUUGUUUUGGAAAUAACAAAAAAGAUAUUUAUUGGCCAAGAAGUUGGUGCUGCUAAGACCGAGAAAUUAAAAGAACCGGACAGAUGGACACAGAGAACCAGAGGGCAGCGUGGGACCUUAUCUUGCCACGGCCUCAGGUCUUGAGGGGAAGGCUCAAGCCUGGGUUUCUGGACUGCAAAGGGGGCCCCCAGGUGGGAGGGGCAGGAGGCAGCUGGAGUGAGCCGCUUGCCCCUGGGUGCCAGCUCGAGCCUCCAGAGCUGCGCCCUGGGCAUCACUGAGCAGAGGGAUGUGGCAGCUACCAGGGCUACCCAGUCUUCAGGAGACGAAAUGAGAGGGGCCGGGAGGUCCACAGGACCAAAGGGUGCAGUGUUGGCUGGGCUGGGUGCAGGCCCAGGGAAACGGGGUGGGGUGGGCUGGGUAAGACCUGGCACCCCUGCUGCCCUGAAGACCACCCCAGUCUACCUCGAUGCUGGCCAAGAAACCUAUUGGCUACCUCUCCCACCAUCCCAGACUGUGGGCAGGGGGAGGGAGUGGGCCUGGGGCAAGGACCCCCCUCUCCAGAAUUUCCUCCAGAUGGGGCAGUGCCCAAGGAGGGGUUACUUGUCUUCCCUGCCAUGGAGGGGAAUCCCCAGCCCAGGUCCUAAGCCCCUGGGCAGGGAAGGGAUCCUCGGGGAGGAGGGUCCCGGGAACAGACCCUGCCCUCAGCUCCCACAGACACACCCCAAUCUGAAAGCCAUGCGUGUCCGUGUAUAUAGGAACUAUGUACAGAGCCCGGAGAAGCCCCCCUACAUCCCCUGGGGAAAAAAAAAGAAGAAAACUAGACAGAAACUCAUCUAUAUAUUCUGUAUCUGGAGUUCCGUUUUGAAUAUUAACUGUGUUAUUUUUAUACACUUUUUAAGCCUUAACUCGCCAUUGAUUUACCAGUUUAACGUCUCCUGGGGUUUCUUUUCCCACGGGGUUCUCUGCCCCGCCCCCACCCCUUUGUUUGACUGGCGUCGUCUGAUACUCAGUAUUGUAGCUUUUUGUCCGCAUGUUACUACCCUGUAAAUACGCUGUUAUACAUACUGUUAACACCCCUUUGCUUUUUUCUAUGGGACCUCCAGGCCACCAUAUUUAGAACUAGUUACCUUAUUAAAAAAGAGAAAACAGUCUGUUGGCUUCUCAGUCUGCAUCGUGGUGGCAGGGAGGUGAGGGCAGGUGCCCCUCAAGGCUUCAGGAACGAAGUGUGCGUUUUAUUGAAGGAAAGGGGUGGGGAGCAAAAAAAAGUCAAACGUGGGGGAAGACACUAAAGGGGGCAAGAAACAAAGGAAUUCCAAACCCUCUGCUCUUUGUAUUUCUCUGUUGUGAAGAAUAAACUGUACCUGCAGCCGGG